AUGUCAAAGUCGCCAGAUGUCGAACCUGGCACCGAGCGCUCUUUGCGGUCGGGCCCAGCUCGUAACCCCCGGAGACGACAGCGACAGAUUGACACCGAGAGCCCCAAGACGGCGCCGCGGCGGAAACGGAGCAAGAUUAGUGAAAGCACGUUUGUGCCUCCCAGACACGAUGCGGAGACGGUGGACGGCGCAGAGGAAGAGCAAGUCAACGGCAGCGUCGAGGUCCCACAUUUGAUGAACGGCGAUGCACAUCCGGGAAGCGCUCCACGGCGAAAAGCGAGGGCGAGGAAGGAGAGCGUGACAACGAUGGACAUGAGUAUCCCCCUUCGCGGCAGGCGAAAUAGUGUCAAGAGGGCAACACGCGGAGACGGCGCGACAGUAUUGGCGCAGAAUGCUCGGUAUUCCGUCAAAUUGCUGCCCAGCACGCCCAAAGAUCUUCGGAAAGAGGGGCUGGAAUGGCGCGGUAGUCUGGGAGCAGGUCAUCAUGCACUUGCCAUCACGCGGCAGAGGGCGUACGUUUGGGACUAUACCGCACAUUCUGCCGCCGGCACUGUGAGGCUGUUCGACGUUCCGUUUCUCGUCAAGCCGACCGAAGUCCUUCCCUUUGGAGCGCUUGUUACUACUGGUACGACUGCGGAUAUUGGCCUGGUGCUGAUAUCUGCUACCACCGGCAAAGUCGUCUUCUACGAAUCCAUCGAGCGCGCUGCGUCACUCGGGCUGUUUCAGGAGCGCAGUCUUGGCAUUGAAGGUUCAAUCGGGAGCCUGUUCUCAGGCGAAGUCGUCGCCGACAUCGUCUCUGCGCAUCAUGCAGGGUUUGUCGUCACUCUCAGCUCGGGUCGCAUUGCACAGCUCACUUUGCGCGACGCGCAAGGAAAACCAAGGAUUCUAUCAGAGUUCCUGCGAGCGAACGAGCAAGUAUCGACCGGGCUUUUCGGCAGUAUCAAAGGCUUGCUGGGUGCUGGGUCCUGGAAGAGAGAUGUAUCAGCCGUUCACACGCGACAACUCGGUGCGAGAGGCCAAAUGCAGGUCAUUUCGCUCACGGAAAAGGCAGAGCUACAGAUCUGGCAUCUGGAUUGGAGCGGACAGUCGAUUUUCAAAGGCACACUGGACUUCCGGGAGGUGAUUGCGCAGGAACUGCAGAAAAACGACGCACCCGAGCUCCGUGGCAAGCACGAACAUCUCACCACACUGGACUUUGCUAUACGGGAGAGAAAGUCGAGCUCGCUCGAGGUUGCAACGGUCGGAACAGAUCUGUCGCUCGACAUAUUGCUGUUGAUCCGAGCUGGCAGACCGGAUGAUUGCGAGCAUGUCAUGGCGAAUCUGGUCAUUGAAGGCACCGACGUUGCAGUACCCCAAUUGCUCAAGUUGCAUGGUAAUCACCGAUCGUUAGCAUCGAGUAGGCCACGACUCCUGCUACCGAAGCCCAGCCACACUGCAUUGGUGACAUUCGAGAACGCAUUUGCGCUUAAGGAGCUCGAUGAAUCGGAUGCCAACAGCCCGGAAGCACAAUUGCACGCCUCCUACAUACAGCCUGUGACAUUCGAGGACUCGGUUCAUCUGAAGAAGGGGAGAAGUCUCAAGUUCGUUGGAGCGUAUGAAGAGGACGAGAGGAGCAGUGCCGAGUCUGCUGUGAUUUUUGUCGAAGGCGCCGGCAUGGUUCGAGUCACUGUGGAAGAAGCAGCGCUCGACAUAAGCAGCCAGAUCCUCCGGUCCACCUCGCCCUUCAUCUCCACCGAACCCGCAUCCAUGGCUGCUCACCUAGCGAACAAAGCACAAGCGCUCCGAGCAUUGCUAAACCACGUACGCCAAAGUUAUCCAGCCAUCUCAAACGGUACGAUGUGGCAGCUGCUCUGGGACGCGGAGAAAGUGGCCGCUGCCCAGCAGUUAUGGAAGAUGUUUCAGGAGCAUGUGGCGGCCUGCGAUCAGAACAAGCGCAUCGCCACCUUGCUAAGUGACAUCUGCGCUAUAGCGAAUCAAAGCCUGAGCGGCGGCGCAGAAGAGCGUGCGAGUGAUGAUGCCGUGCGCAGCUUCUUCAUUCAUCAUCUGGAUCGCUUGGACAGGCUUUUGACUCUGGCGGAGAUGUUUUUGAGAGACCUCCGGUCGGACGUGGACAAAAGCUCGCAGACUAAAUUACGACUUGUCAGCGAAGCAGAUGAUCUGUGGAAUACGGCGCUGGAAAGCGUGUUUGAAUUCAGAAACGAGAAUGCUGCAGCUUGUGGCAUCCUACCCGACACCAUCGAGGAUGGCAUCUUGACCAACCCUGCGGAGUACAUCGAUCUUCCGGAACCUUGGACCAGCACGACAUCCAUGUUGAAGGCCGUCGUGCGCAUGGCCGACCAGUCCCGCGAUUUUGCGCGCGAGGUGUUCGAAGACAGCGCGAAGGAGGCAGAUGCUUUACAGCCCUUCGUUCAACACAUCGGCGCCGCCAACCCGGUUCUGCUGCUCUCGAUGUGCCGCAUUUACCAAGAGCGCAUCAAAUGGCUGGCCUCGCGACCCUCGGAGAGAGACCGUGAGCUGUCCGAGACACUGCAAGAGCACUUUGACAAAAGCAGGCAUAACCAAUUCCGAGAGCUGGCGGGUCUCGCGCAGUCGGAAGCGGGCAUGCAACUGGCGGAAAGGUACAAAGAUAUGCGCACCCUCACGGAGAUGGUGAUUGCCGAGAUGCAGUUCUCUGUCGAGACCUUCAGGGAGACCAGCGAUCCUCACGCGAAAGCCACGAUUGCAAAGUAUCUGGAGAGAAUGACGGCGAAAAUCAGCGCCUACUUUGACCGCUUUGGGGACGACUUUGCGACUCCGUACUUUGAUACCGGCUUUUCCGGCAGUCAGGCGGGUUUGAUGCUUGCGAAUGCGCAGGAAAAUUGGGAGCCUGCUUUGAACAAGUACUUACGUGGCGAUCCCAGUCGGGCCAAGUUAUGCUGGAUCAACGAUGUGCUUAUGCAACGGGACUUUGCACAUGCGAGUGAGAGCCUGGAUGUGGUGGGAAAGGAGCAGGAGACUUUUGUCUUUGCGAAGAAGGCGGAGCUGUCGCUCGCGAGGCUGUCAUUGCUGGCUGCCCAAGAAGACCGCGAAGCAAAAGGCGAACCCCACGAGACGACCGCACGAGAAGCGCAACAAGACCAUACCGCUCAAAGCGAGCUCGCCAUCCUCGACAUCCAAGACCAACUAUACGCGCACCUCCUCCCCGAAAUCCAAGCCUGCAUCGACCGACAAGCGGAGCUGGAAAUCGCCAUGCAGAAGUUUGGCUUCAAAAAUCAAGACCUGCACGCCCUGCGCCAACUGCUCGAGAACUACCUCGACCGCAUCCUCGACCGCACGGUCCUGAGCGCCGACGAGCUCAUCGACGCCCUCACGCUGCUCGACAACUACUUCACCGACGACGAGUUCGAGGAUCACAACCUGCAGGGCUCGGAGUUCUUCCUCGCGCUCAAGGCUCUUCGCGCCAUCGCGCCUUACAUCCCGCAGGGCCGGCUGGAGAUGCUCCUCCAGCUGAUUUGGAAGCGGUGCUACGUUUACGACAACUGGUUUGAAAUCCACGCUGGCGAGAAAGCGGGCGAUGCAGAGAGGGAGGUGAGCGACGAAGUGCGGGACACAGCGGCGUGGCGCACCAUCUACUUUGCGCGGGAUCAGGGCCUCUUGGCUCCCGACGACGACACCGAGCAGCAGCAGCCGCAGUCGCACCGCGUGCGUUUCCUGCUUCCCAGCGAGUGUCUCGGCGCGGGAUGCAGUGCAGAGGACCUCGCGUACCGCUGGUCGAGUGCAGACUUACUCGACCCGAUUCUGAAGGACAAUAAAAUCCACGACGAGCAGUUGCUGUCGUACGUUGAGGAUCGCCGGCUGGAUGAGUGGGUCAGGAUGUGUGUGGGGGACGUGAAGAAGCAGCUGGACGGCAAGGCUGAGCGUGUUGCUGCUGGGUUGGAGAGGGAGCGGGCCUUCGAGGAGGUGGCGAGGAGGGAGGAUGUGGUGGGGUUGGAGGGGAAGGGGGCGGGUAAGAAGGUGAAUGGGGUUGUGGGUGGCGGUGGGGGUUUGAAGGUUGCGGGCUAUGAGCCUGAUGAAGUCGAUGCUGAGCAUGGCUUGGUGGUUGAUGGUGAUGGAGAUGUGGAUAUGGAGUAG